AUGUUGUUUCAAGUGGAAGGUUGGAAAUUGAAGAAUGACAAGAAAAUAGCGUUGGGAGGAGUUAAGGAUAAGAAGAAAAAGAACAAGAAUAAAGACAAGAAGAAGGAAAGGUCUGGAGAUGAACAACAUAGUGUGGGCCAUAAGGAUGCACAGCAUGAUCAUGAAGAGCAGCCAGCCAAAUCUAAAAAAGGAGACAAGACGAAGCAAAGAGACGAUGGUGUUGACACACAUGAGGAAGCAUCACUCAAGGAUAAGAAAAAGAGGAAAAGAGAUGCUGCUGAAUCAGAUUCCAUCACUCACAAGAGAGCCAAAGCUAUCAAGCAAGUAGCAUCAAACACAACAACCCCAAAGGCACCAGUAGAGCCAGUACCACCGGUCCCUGUUACCACCCAAACUAAGCUAACACCCUUGCAACAAAAGAUGAUGUCGAAAUUGUCAGGAUCUCGAUUCAGAUGGAUCAAUGAACAAUUGUAUACAAUCACAUCAGAAGAAGCUCUCAAGCUCAUCAAAGAACAGCCGUCAUUAUUCGACGAGUAUCAUGAAGGAUUCAAAUCACAAGUGUCUAGUUGGCCUGAAAAUCCUGUUGACGUAUUUGUUAAACAAUUUGAAACACGAUUACUUUCCAGAAACAUCAACGCUCCAGGUGGUUUACCUGGUACAAGAGACAAGAAAAUUGUUGUUGCUGAUAUGGGAUGCGGUGAAGCACAAUUUAGUGCAGAUGUAACCAAAUUUGUCCAACAACAAAGGAAAAAAUCAAAGAAAUACAAGAAUCUCGAUGUUGAAGUCCAUAGUUUUGAUUUGAAAAAGCAAAAUGAUCGAAUCACAGUGGCUGAUAUCAAGAAUGUGCCAUUGGAAGAUGAGUCAGCCACAAUUGUCAUUUUCUGCUUGGCUUUAAUGGGAACGAAUUUCUUGGAUUUUAUUAAGGAGGCAUAUAGGAUAUUGCAACCACGAGGUGAGUUAUGGAUUGCUGAAAUCAAAUCAAGAUUCAGUGAGAAACAAACGGGUAAAGGAGGUAAUGAUGAGUUUGAACAAGAAGAUGCUGAAAACAGCACUGUUGGUAAAGAAUUUGUUGAUGCUUUGAAAUUGUGUGGGUUUUUCCAUAAACUGACGGAUAAUUCGAAUAAAAUGUUUACGCGAUUUGAGUUUUUCAAACCACCACAAGAUAUAAUUGAUGAGAGAAGAGCCAAGUUGGAGAGGAAGAGGAGGUUCAUUGAAGAAGAAAGUGAGAAGGAGAAAUUGGAAAACAAGAGGGAGGUCAAGCCUGAAGGACAAUGGUUAUUAAAGCCUUGUAUAUACAAGAGGAGGUAA